CACAUGACUUCAAUUGUUAUAGGAGAAAAAGAAAACAUUACACAAGGGGAUGGGAAACAGUUACAGCUUUUUAAUACUGACAGUACUGACAGUGCUACAUAUUCUACAGAUUAAUGGAUUUCCGAUUGAAACAAUGAUCACAUCUGUGAAAGUGAAUGGGCUGUUGCUUGAGAGAGGUAAGAGGGCAAAAUACAAGGCCAGCUGGGGAGAAUCGACAAUGGAGAUACAGCGUCAGUUUAACGAGUACUAUGAAUGCCUGAACAAACGCGUCCAGCAGAUCACCAAAAAGGGACAUCACAUUAAGGCAAUCAUUGCCCUGUUUGGUCAAAACCUUGAGCUGAAGUGCCACAUUUGCUUCCGUCCUGACCAAAAAGAAAAGCGCAUAGAAUGGCAACAUGUCUCCAAAGAAGAUUCGACUGUGCGAGUAGUUGAAAGUGAAGGUCGCUAUGAGAUAACCAGUAAGAAAAGCUUGGUGAUCAAUGACGUUGAGAUAGGUGAUGUCGGAACAUUCAUGUGCCUGUAUCGUGGAGACUAUGAAGAAAUUUAUCAGCUGGACGUACUCAGAAGGGAAAACCGACUCAUGUUAAAAGAGGGAGAAAAGGUUCUGGAACCACAGAUGUUGACUGACAACAACUUGGAAGUGUUUACUACAUGGUCUCCCUGGAGUUCUUGUAAUAACUGUGGCAAACCUGGGCAACGACGCAAGAUUGGCCUGUGUAUGGUUAAGAAAAUCGAUCCUGAAGAACCAAUUGAGCCAAAAGACUAUCCAAUGAUGGAGCUCUAUCCAGAAGGGAUUCCAUGUCGAGCUACUGCACUGCCACACUUCAUCGCCAAUAAUGAAAAAAUACGCAACCGACCAAGCGAAACGGUGCUUGGCAAGUGCAACAUUGCAUGUCCUACCGUCCCUCCAGUUGUCACCAUCACAGAUUCUACUGGCAAAGUGCUGGAAGUUCUUGAAGAAGGACACUACUCCCUUAAAUCGCCCCCCAAACUGCCCCCCAUGAUUAGACGUAUUAUGAGGUAUGAAGAUGCGGGAAUGCACCUGGUUCUUCAGUGUCCAAAGAUAAAGAGCAAUCAGAUGGUUCGCUGGACCCGGAAUGACCGAGUGAUCAACCCAAUGACCAUCAAACAGCAGACGAGAGGACGUGUGUGGAUCGACAACAUUAACAGACUGCACAUCGCAAAACUACUUAUGACGGACACAGAUAUGUACAACUGUUUUGUGAGGAAGCGCCACGUGGCGAACAUGAAGAUCCUCGUGGUGCAGCCGUUCAACGAGAGUCUCAAGAACUACAUCUCAUACGGGGGAUUCAUCCUCACCGCCAUCCUCAUUCUCAUCGUGCUCAUCUUCGUCUGCAGAUACAGGUCACCCAAACGAUUCUGAGCUGGUGACGAUGACGACGGCAACAUUAACAUUGAUUUGUGGGACAUAAAACAAGAAUGUUCAUGUCCUUAUCGUCAUUCUAUGUGUUUAUAAUUAUAAACUCUAUUUAUGUGCCUUUAUCCACUGAAGGUUCAGGCACGUCAAUCCCAAUCGCCAUCUCCGGAAAAUGUCUGAUAUAUUGUUCGGCACAGAAUUAAAUACUUCUUUACUGCCCACUUAGAAAUUUCAAAGUCUGUGUGAACCUUAAAGAUUGAAUUGGAUUUUCUUUUCUUUCUUUUUUUCUUUUUUAAA